AUGGGUGAGUAUGGAAAAUGUGAAAAAUAUUGGAAAUGUCUUUUAUCAAGUUUACCAGAAAAUCAUAAUGAUGUUCUGAAAAUCUAUUUUUAUCUUGGUCGUGUUUAAGAAACUUAUGUUACACUUCUUCCAACUCAUGAUGAUACUCAAUCGGUAACGAUUAAUAAAAUAAAGCCAGGUGUUGCCACUAAUAAUGAACAAUUAAUAAGAAAAGAUUUGAAAAUUUUCAGUUAA